AUGACUGCUGCACUUAGGAUGCUUGCUUAUGGAAUAACGGCUGAUUAUAUGGAUGAAUAUCUGAGAAUCGAAGAAAGCACCGCAUUGAAGAGUUUGAAAAAGUUUGUUAAAGCUAUUGUUGUAAUUUAUUCUGAUAAGUACUUAAGGUCACCAAACAACGAUGAUAUUUCUAGAUUGCUAGCAGUUGGUGAAAGUCGCGAUUUUCCUAGAAUGUUGGGGAGUAUAGAUUGUAUGUACUGGAAAUGGAAAAAUUGUCUGACUGCAUUAAGCGGAAUGUAUACUGGUCAUAUACAUGAACCAACAAUUAUUUUGGAAGUAGUGGUGUCGUAUGAUCUUUGGAUAUGGCAUGCAUUUUUUGGGUUACUAGGAUCUCAUAAUGGCAUCAAUGUUCUAGAACAAUCUCCUGUAUUGUCACAACCUAAACCGCCCCUAUAA